AUUCACGAUAUUGGCCCAUUCGCUCCAUCAAUAGGCAUAAGCUAUGCCUUGUUAUAUAAGUUGAACCAUUUUCAGACCAAAAAGUACGAGCCUUCAAAUUAGAGCAAGCAAAAGUGAAUCGAGUGACAAGUUAUGGCGUUGAAGGUGCUCUCAGCACUUGACACGGCGAAGACACAAUGGUACCACUUCAAGGCCAUCAUCAUAGCCGGCAUGGGCCUCUUCACCGACGCCUACGACCUCUUCUGCAUCUCUCUCAUCAUGAGACUCCUAGGCCGCAUAUACUACGACCACCACCCCAAAGACUUCGACAGUAACGACAACAACUUUGCGAUCCCGCCGUUGGUCGUUUCGGCUAUGGUGGGCUUCCCUCUUCUUGGCACCAUCAUCGGGCAGCUGCUCUUCGGCAGGCUAGGGGACCUGGUCGGUAGGAGACAUGUAUACGGGCUUUCACUGAUGGUGAUGGUGCUGAGCUCCAUAGGGUGCGGCUUCUCCAUCUGCACCUCCAGAACUUGUGUCCUAGUCAGCCUCGGCUUCUUCCGUUUCCUCCUCGGUGUAGGCAUCGGCGGAGACUACCCUCUCUCGGCGACUAUCAUGUCGGAGUUUGCAAACAAGAGAACACGUGGUUCGUUCAUAGCAGCAGUUUUCUCCAUGCAAGGGUUCGGGAUUCUGGCGAGCUCCAUAGUGACCAUCGUGGUGUGCGCCGUCUUUAACUUGGUUGAAAGUCCAGAUCCGAAGGAAGCGACGCCGGAUGUGGCUGACAUGGCUUGGAGGUUGAUACUCAUGCUCGGUGCAAUUCCGGCUGCCAUGACGUACUACUGGAGGAUGAUGAUGCCUGAAACCGCCAGAUAUACAGCAUUGGUAGAGCGAAAUGUGGUGCAAGCAGCUAAGGACAUGGAGAAAGUGCUGGCUGUUUCCUUGAGUCAAAUUGUAGAGGAUGAACCAGAUGAUCCACAAUCAAUGGGGCAGAAUUCAUCAUAUCCCCUCAUCUCCAGAGAAUUUGUACGUCUCCAUGGCCGCGAUCUCUUCUCUUGUGCUGCCAACUGGUUUCUUGUUGAUAUCGUCUUCUACAGCAGCAACCUAUUCCAGUCCCAAAUAUAUAGAAAAUAUAUCGAUGACGAGCACCCAAAAUACAACGUCAAUCUCUAUCAAGAUGCUUUGCAUGUUGCUGUGUUGCAAGCAAUCAUUACAAUAUGCUCCACAAUCCCAGGUUAUUGGUUCACUGUCUACUUCAUUGAUCGAAUUGGAAGGCGAAAAAUUCAAAUGAUGGGGUUCUUUGUUAUGGCACUUGUUUAUUUCUCGAUUGGGAUACCCUAUAAAACUCACUGGGCAAAACACACAGAUAAGGGAUUCAUGGUCCUGUAUGGCCUCACUUUCUUCUUUGCUAAUUUUGGACCAAAUACUACUACUUUUAUAGUGCCUGCUGAGCUUUUUCCGGCGAGGUUUAGGUCAACUUGUCAUGGGAUCUCCGGGGCUUCGGGAAAGGUUGGCGCCCUGAUAGGAACGAUUGGAUUUCUAUGGGCUGCACAUGGUAAAAAUGACGAGCAUCUAAGGACGAGGAUCAAGGGGUCGUUGAUUGGUUUAGGUGUAGUUUGUAUUCUGGGAUUGGUGGUAACGUAUCUCUUCACACCUGAAACUAGGGGAAGAUCACUAGAAGAGAAUGAGAAUGAGAAUGGGAAUGAACAACAUGCUUGAUUAGGAAAUACUUGUUACAUGAUUAGAGACGCAUUUAUAAGUUCUUCCAUGUGUAUUCAAUAUAUAUUAGAAAUUUAUUCGA